AUGAAGCUUACUUUUUCCCUCGUCUUGUGUGUCCUCGGCAUCAGCUCGGUCAUUGCUGGUCCUCUCCCCGACCCUGGGAGUAUUGCGCCGAUUAUUCUUGAGCGCCAUGCCAAGUUUCUCUCAGCCAACCAUGUUCUGAACUUUGCUGCCAUGGACAAGCAUUUGAAGUCUAUUGACAACAAGUUCUCGAAGGGUCUGCGUAACUAUGAGCGGAACACUGGUCAAAUUCACCCGCUCAAGACCGCCGUGCAUCCCAAGAAGGGCAGUAAGCGCGUCCAAGGAAGUGGGAUUGGAAAUGGUCGUUGCAAACUUGGUGGUAAUGGAAACGGCAAUGGCAGCGGCAACGGCAGUGACAACAGCAACGGAAAUGACAACGGCAAUGGCAAUGGCAACGGCAAUGGCAACGGCAACGGCAACGGCAACGGCAACGGCAACGGCAACGGCAACGGCAACGGCAACGGCAACGGCAACGGCAACGGCAACGGCAACGGCAACGGCAACGGCAACGGCAACGGCAACGGCAACGGCAGUGACAACGGUAAUGGCACGGUCAGCGGCAACGGAGGCGACGGAGACGUCCACCUCACCAAUGUCCAGAACGACCUACUUUACGCCGGCAAAAUGACCUUUGGCGGUCAGUCCUUUUCGAUUGAUUUCGACACGGGUUCUGCCGAUACGCUUGUAAACCCCAGUGCCUAUGAUCCCAAAAAGUCUCAGGAUUCCAAGAAAACAGGCAAGUCGUUCGAUGCCGCGUACGGCGACGGUACUGCAGCUCAAGGCCCUAUCUACACCGACUCGUUCGAGAUUGCUGGCCUGCAAGCCCGAGGUGUCGCCAUCGGCCGCUCUUUGUCCGAGUUUAUCAAGGACGAGGAUGUGAACCAAGGUGUGAGUGGACUGUCGUUCCCCUCGAUCCAGGCCUUCCCCAAGUCCUACCUCCCUUUUUUCGUGUCGCUGAUGAAGCAAAAGGCAGUGAGCCAGGGUGUGUUUCAGUUCACUUUGAAGCACGGCUCUAGCCCCGACUCGAUCCUGCACCUCGGUAGCGUUGACCACUCGAAAGGCAAAGGCCCUCUGAAGUAUAUCGACGUCGAUCCUUCUCUCGGGUUCUGGGUUGCGGAUGCCUCGAUCAACGGCAAGCCGAUCAAGGCAAUUGUCGACUCUGGUUCGACGAUCAUCAGUGGUCCCAAAGCGCAGGUCGAGGAUGUGAUCCGUACGAUCCCAGGUAUCGAAGCCGUCCAGGAGACCGACUCGGUGAUGUACGUCUUUUCGUGCGAGCAGACGCCCAACGUUGUGAUUUCGAUCGCGGGCCUCGAUGUGAAGCUCGGCCACAACCAGACCCGCUAUGGCAAGACAGACGAUGGCCGCUGCGUCUUCCCGGUUGCUGCGCUGCCCGAUAUGCCUCUGGAUGCGUGGAUCCUGGGCGACACCUUUUUCCAGAUGACGACCAUCGUGUUUGACAUGGCCCAGAACCGUAUGGGCUUUGCUCUCCAGGCCUAG